CAACAAAUUUGAAAAAAUAAAAUAAAAUAAAAAAGGGAGGAGACCCCCCUCUACAAGCUUCUUUUGAUUUAUCCCACAAAAGAAGCAAUUUCAUGAUAAUCCAAGAUUCUUGAAAAAUUGAUCACAAGUAAAUGCCGGCCGUGAGAUUAGAUGACAUAUGUCGCCGGCGUUGACCGACACCGGAGAUUUGCAUCUACGUAAAGGUCAGUUUUUUAACGCUCAAUCUUCAUAUAAUAAUCAUUCAGAGCAGAAAAUAGCUUCAAUGGAUCACAAUCUUGGGUUCACUCCAUCGGAUUUGAAUCCGUCUCCAUUUGGUUCUUCUGCUUCAUCAAGGCUGCAAAAACCCAGAUUGUUUAAAAAGAAAUAUACAGGUGCUCAUAGAAAGGACCAAAUUUUCAACCCUUUUAGGGGCGUUGGGGAAAUUCAAGAAAUGAACAUGGGUCAUGUGGAGUCGGUUUCUGGGAAAUUUGGGAAUGUGGGUUUUGCUUCUGGGGUUGAUAGGGGUAGUGGGGAUGUUGGUAAUGAAGGGUUUGUUUUUGGAGCUAGUAGAAAUAGUGGUUUGUUUGGAGCAAAUUUGAGUAUGAAUGUGAGAAAUUCUCAUGUAAAUAUAGGGGAAGGAACAAUUCCUGUUGAUGAAAUGAAGAAACUGAAUAUUGAAAGUGAGAAGAAAAUGAAUGUAGGUGGUGGUGUACACAAUGUGGUUUCUGGUGCUGAUAAGGGAAGGUCUUUUGUGUUUACCGGUGGCGAUGCAAAACUUGAUGAAAUGGUAAGCAAGGAGGUGGAGAACAAGUUAAAUAUCAAAAGUGAGGGAACUGUUGACUCUGCACGUAAUAUGGACAGUGUAAAAUCCAAGUAUAACGUGUUUGGCAGCUUCUCAAGUAGUGAAAAUGUUGAUAAUAAAAAUGGUGGGGGUGUAGGAGUUGAACUCCUGAAUGAGAUGGACAAAUUGAAUAUCAAAGGUAUAACUGAGAAUGACAUGAAGGACUAUGCAUAUAAGGAAAGCGGCUCUCUAGGUGGAAAAUCUGAGACCUUGCUCCAUGAUCAGAUGAAAAACAUGCAUAUAAAUAAGCCUAUGGGUUAUGUUGCUAAUGAGAAUGUUAAAGUUGAUCCAAGUUCAAGUGACUCUAUUGGAAAUGCUGUUAAUAAGAGUGCCAGUGGAAUUUCAGAUUCAGUUCCUUCAGGAUUCUCAUUUCAGGCAGGGACACAGAAUAGUCACUUUACUAAUCAGGUUCAUCCCGGACCUCAUAGUGGUGCAAUUUCAACAUCCUCAUUUCCCUCCUUUAAUAUCCCUGGUGAGUCUAUGAUAGGUACUUUUGAAGCACCAUCAACUGAUAGAACUGGAAAGAAAGUUGAAUUUAGUUUCAGUACUAAGUCUGAUGGUAUGCUAAUGCAAAAUCUUACACCAACUAUUAAAGGGAGCUUAAAUAAGAAAGUUGAAAGUAGAAGGGAAGCAACUAGAGAUCCAAGAUACAAGAAAAAGAAAAUGAAACCUAAGCAAACAUUCUCAAUGCCAGUUAACUUUGCUCAAGACAUUGCCUUCAGAGGAAGUUCGGAAGAGAAUGCUGAACCUUCCGAACUGUAUUCACCGAUGGAUAUUUCUCCGUAUCGUGAAACACCAGCAGAUAAUACACUUUCAAGAGGAACAUCUGUGGCUUCUGAUGAGUCGUUCAUUCUAAAUGAGAAUCAUGGAUCUAGUGAUUCACGUCCUGCAGUUCCAAAUGAUUUAGCAGAUGAAGAUCUGAUAGAUGCAACAGUACGCAUGAAUAUCAAUGAAAAUGACGUGACAUGUAGUGAAACACAAGAAGUAGAAUCUAGACACUCUAGUCAUCAUGGUGUAGAUAUGGACGGUCCUUCUGAAGAGUCUAUAUCUAUAUCUGGGGCCGAGACUGAAAGCUUCAAAUCUGCUACAGAGCAUUUAGAUUAUAGUACUGAUUCUUUCAUAACUGCAGCAGAUACUGAAGUGACGUCUAAAUUAACAAUUGAGAGACAAGAUAGUGACGGGGGCAAUCAAUUUGAUGUUGCUUCAAAUUUAGAAGAGGCUUGCCAGGGUAGCUUCAUAUUUGCUGCAUCCUCUGUUGCUCAAAAUCAGAUAGCAGCGGCUACACGCCAACAGAAGAAGAAAAAUCGAACGAAGCUCAUUAAUGAUUCGUCUAGUUCAACUACGAAAUUGUCUUACUCCUCGUCACCUGGGCAAUUUUUUCAAGUUUCUGGAUCAUCUCCUCUUUCAUCUCCCACUCAGGGUAAGAAAGGAGAUAUACCUGCUAGGAUAAGCAUUAGCCAGGUCAAUAAUGAAAAAGCUAGGGUCAAGGAGGUCAACCAUGAAACAGUUGCUGCAAGCAUGGCCGCUCAGGAAGCAUGUGAAAAAUGGCGAUUGAGGGGGAAUCAAGCCUAUGCAAAUGGGAACUUAUCUAAAGCAGAGGAAUGCUACACACAUGGACUAAACUGUGUGUCCGAAUGUGACACAUCUAAGAGCUGUCUUCGGGCUUUAAUGUUAUGCCAUAGCAACCGUGCAGCAACACGUAUGUCUCUCGGAAGAAUGAGAGAAGCACUAGAGGAUUGUAUGAAGGCUGUUACAUUAGAUCCGAACUUUUUCAGGGUACAAGUUCGAGCUGCAAACUGUUACCUUGCCCUUGGGGAAGUCGAAAAUGCAUCAAAGUUUUUCAUGACAUGCUUGCAACAUGGGCCAGAGGUGUGUGUGGAUAGAAAGAUAUUGGUGGAAGCCUCGGAGGGCUUGGAAAAAGCACAGAGGGUAUCAGAAUGCAUGAAGCAGUGUGUGGAACUAUUGCAAAGACGAAGGCAAAGUGAUGCAGAGUUGGCCUUGGGUGUGGUCUGUGAGGCUUUGACAAUAAGCACCUAUUCGGAGAAACUACUCGAAUUGAAAGCAGAUGCUCUUCUUAUGCUGCGGAGGUACGAAGAGGUGAUUCAGUUAUGUGAGAAGAAACUUGAAUUUGCUAAGUCGAAUGCUCCGCCAUAUAAUUUCAGUUACCAGUCAUCAGAGUUAGAUAGUCCGAGAAGUGCUUCCUCUGGGCUCUGGUGUAUUUCUAAAACAGUGAAGUCAUACUUUUAUCUCGGGAAGCUUGAAGAGGCUGAUAAUUUUCUGAAGAACCAAGAGAAAUCGAUGUGUCUCAUGGAAAGUAGUGGACUCAAGACUUUAGAAGCUGUUGUUCCUCUUGCUGUAACAAUACGUGAGCUCUUGUGCUUUAAGGCAGCUGGAAAUGCUGCAUUUCAAUCGGGAAAGCAUGCAGAAGCUGUUGAGCACUAUACAGCUGCAGUAUCAUGUAAUUUUGAGUCACGUCCUUUCACAGCAAUCUGUUUCUGCAAUCGUGCUGCUGCAUACCGAGCUAUGGGUCAAAUUUCAGAUGCCAUUGCAGAUUGCAGCCUGGCAAUUGCCCUUGAUGGGAAUUAUGCAAAGGCACUCUCAAGACGAGCUUCUCUUUUUGAGAUGAUCAGAGAUUACGGACAAGCAGCUUCAGAUCUUCAGCGACUUGUAUCACUUCUGACAAGGCAUAUGGAAAAUAAAGUUGGUGGAUCUGGAUCACAUAACAAAAUGAGUUUUGUAAAUGAGAUUCGGCAAACACAACAAAAGCUUUCGGCCAUGGAGGAAGAAGCCAGAAAGGAAAUCCCCUUGAAUUUUUACCUCAUAUUGGGAGUUGAUCCAUCUGUUGGUGCAUCAGAAAUUAGGAAAGCCUACAGAAAAGCUGCACUCAAGCAUCACCCUGAUAAGGCUGGGCAAUCACUGGCUAGAAAUGACAAUGCAGAUGAUGGACUGUGGAAAGAGAUAGCAGAAGAAGUCCACAAAGAUGCUGACAGGCUCUUUAAAAUGAUAGGAGAGGCCUAUGCAGUGCUUUCGGACUCUGCAAAGCAUUCUCGUUAUGACCUUGAAGAAGAGAUGAGAAAUAGUCAAAGCAGAGGCAAUGAGAGCAGCACAUUUAGAACACACACAGAUUUUAACAAUUAUCCAUUUGAGAGAAGUGGAAGUAGAGGCAACUGGGAAGAUGUUUGGAGAGCAUAUAAGAGUACCCAGUCCAGAGAAUCAGAUAGAAAUAGAGCAAACUGGUAGUUGUGAUGAACUUACAGUACUAGAGAUUCAUACAAUUCGAUGCACCUCAUGUUCAGCAUUCUGCUUGCGUGUGUAGUUUGCUCACCCCAGUUACUUGAGAGAAAUGACUUGCAGAACUUGAAAGAACAGGCAUGAAAUAUGUGGAUGAAGUAUUCAACAUACGGACACCUCGGCCUUCCAUAUCUGGCACUUCCUGACUGGUCAUUCGAGCAGGGUGAACGAAAAAAGAAAUUGUUGCAUAAAAUUCCCAACAACGGGCUUGGUAGCUUGGAGAGGGAUUAUCAUUAAGCCGAAUUCAUGCAUGCAGAGAUAUAUUUAGGCAACAAACAAGGAAGGUCUACAUGAUCCCUGUUGUAUAGUUAUCAAACAAUGUGAAUUAAUACAGAAGCUGUUCAUGGCCCCGGAAACCCUGCUAGUUUUGGUGCUAGCGGAGACCAACUCAACAGUUUGAGAAGGCUGCUGGGGAUGACUAAUUUUGCUGAGUCUGUUUGUCUAUAAUUUUCUGUGCUAAUGUAAAUCUUCAUUUAAAUUUUAAGCUAUACUUGUAAUUUUGUGUGUGUAUAGUGUGUCUGCUUGUAUUUGAAACAUCCUAAGAAUGAUAAGAGUGAGGUUACUUUACUUCUUUGAGUUUUUUUUUCUUUUCAUUUUCUUGAUUGUGGGUGGGGUUUUCCGUUGUAAUACACCAAAGUCAAUUAUUUUUUUUGAUUAUUUGAUUUGUUGAAACAUCACUCCUGAAAAUUUCAUUUGAAAAA